AUGACAUUGUCGGGCAGUUUCAAUGACCCCUUAUCUAAGACGGAUACGGUUGAUAAUUCCAUCAAUUUAAACUCUUUAUAUUGUUCUCAUCUUUGGGCAAAUAGUCAUAUUCGAAACGCUAUAAUAGCAGCACCAUAUGAAGACAGAAACAUAACAUAUUGUUAUACAUGUAAAGGUAAAAUAAGAAAAUAUGAAGUCAAGUCACCAAAAAGUUUUAUGCCACAAACUCAUUCUACUCCUAAUAAAGAAAUAACAAUAUUGAAAGAGGACCUCCCUAUAAAUGGACAAGAAAACUCUCUUGAAAAUAAGAAAACAGAAGAAUUUCGUUCUUUGGACAAUAGUAUUUCAAAAGACCCGGCAUCCACGAUCGUGGAGAGUAAACAACGCAUUCCUUCCAUAUCACAACAGAUCGAUUCUAGUUUUAGACAAAAAUACAUUUCUUAUGAAAUGGAACCUAGAUGUGUUAGGCGACAGAGACUGAGAAAAACCCUGAAGGGUUUUGGAUGUAUAGUGAAUUUUACUAUGACAGACAACCCUUUAAAAAAAAGAACUCAAAUACAGGCCUGCUCAAUAAGUAUAAUGAUUGUAGCAAUCGUAAUAAUAAGUUUUAUUUUAGUAAAUUUUACUCAUCCAAAUUUUAAAGCUGUGGCCAAUAUAACUAGUACAAGCGUAGUGCCAACUAAAGUAAAUUUCAAUAAAACGGUGUCAGCCAAUACUAACGUUUAUUCAGAGUUACUGUCAGAAGCACAGACAAAAGUUGCAGAAAGUUAUUUUACUACUACAGUAUCUACAAGCAAUGCAAUUACAAACAAUAUCACGCAGACAAGUGUAUUAUCAAAAAUCCGUAAAAAUAUUAGAACUUAUCCAAAGAAUUCGAAAGAAGAACUUACCGGAGUGCCUAAAGAUAUUAAUAACAGAGACGUAUCUCAACGCUUUUGCUCGUGCCAAAGAAACGAAAUAUGCAUGUUAGAUGAGAACAGUGGAACAUCAGUAUGUAGAAAGCCAAUAGACGAAGAAGAUCCCACAGGUUGCGGUGGUUUGUGUGCACUUGAGACAGAAGCUUGUCAAUUGGUGGAUAAAGCUCGAGGUGUUCGUGUGUGUCGCCUACUGACACUUGUAACAUGCUCACCUAAGGAAUGGCGUUGCCGUAAUGGCCUAUGCGUAUCAGCUGAAGCUCGGUGCGACGGUUCUAUUCAAUGUUAUGAUCGUUCUGAUGAAAUGUAUUGUGAUUGCGAUUUAACGAAACAAUUUAGAUGCGGUCAUUUCAUAUCUUGUUUUUCGCAAACAAAAUUAUGCGACGGUGUUAUUGAUUGUUGGGACGGUUACGAUGAAGUUAAUUGCACCGUUGAAUGUCCAGAUGACCAAUUUACGUGCAACAGUGGGCAAUGCAUUGCAGCUUCGAGAUUUUGUGACGGCUUAGCAGAUUGUAUGGACGGCAGUGAUGAACCAGACGGAUGUGGCGGCAAUUGCGGUACACACGAGAUACAAUGCAGGAAUCAAAGAUGUGUUCCGCGUACGGUUCACUGUGACGGACGUGACAACUGUGGUGAUGCGUCUGAUGAGUUACAUUGUUUAUAA